GUUAAUUGCAUCUUUGACUGAGGAUCUACUGGUUUUUUAGGACCUCAAAACCUGCAAUACAAUGGACUAAUCAAACGUUUCACUGCCCACGAAGAAAAAUCAGCAUUAGGUCCAAGAAAUUCUUCCAAAGCUUGAAACUUGAAUUGGCGGAACAAGCAGAAAAAGCUCCGCCUUUUUGAUUUCUCUAUCCAUACCCACUCUUUUCGCGACAAGAUGGAUAAUUAUUCGCGCACAAAAGAUCCCAAUAUUGCGUUUGACUACCAUAAGCUCACCGAUUCUCCGAGAUCGUUCGCCGGAGACUUCGAUUUCGGAGAAACCUCCGAUCGCCGAUUCGCGUUCUCCCGCCACGCUCCCGCGCAUCGGAACGCCGCCGUCGAUAUACCACCGGGAAGUUACUGGCCGGAUUCUGGGUUUGCGUACUCGAAGCUAACCGAUGUGAAAAUAUCGGCCUUGUCGCCUCUUUCGUUGAUUUUGGGGGCGUUGAGAUCUGGAAACAAGCAUAUGAGGCGGCUGUUUGUGCUGAUUUCUCUUAAUGUCGCGUACUCAACGGCCGAGUUGUUUAUCGGCCUUUUAUCGGGACGUGUUGUCUACGUUUUGUUGGAUAUGGUCGUAAAUUUAUGCUCUGGCCGUGUUCUAUCAAUGUUUAUUAUGGUACAUGAAGUAAAAGAUGAAGCUUUGUUGAGUUUGGUAUCUGAUGCAUUUCAUUUAACGUUCGGCUGUGGCCUCUUGUCGUUUUCCUUAUUUGCAAUGGCUGCUUCAAGACAAAAACCCGACCGUGCAUACACAUAUGGGUACAAGAGGCUAGAAGUUUUAUCUGCUUUUACCAAUGCUGUAAGUAAUUUAUGUUACUCGCUACUCUAUAUGGUUGGUACAUUUCGUAAUGUUGUUUCUGAUGUGGUAAAACUGAGACAGCUAUUUCUUUUGUUCAUGUCUUUCUCCUUAGCAGUCGAAGCUCUUCACGCGUUUAUACAAGAUGAGUCUGAGCACAAGCAUUAUUUGAUCGUCUCAGCUGUCACGAAUUUGCUGGUAAACCUUAUUGGUGUUUGGUUCUUCAGGAACUACGCACGAAUCAGUAUUGUUUAUAGAAAAGCUGAAGAUAUGAAUUAUCAUUCAGUUUGUUUACAUGUUCUAGCUGAUUCCAUUCGCAGUGCAGGGUUAAUCCUAGCAUCCUGGUUGCUUAGCCUUGGGGUUGACAAUGCUGAGGUCUUGUGUUUGGGUUUAGUUUCUGUCACGGUUUUUAUGCUCGUCAUGCCACUUUUCAAAGCUACAGGCGGCGUUUUACUGCAGAUGUCUCCACCUAGCAUUCCUAUGUCGGCUUUGAGUAAAUGCUUGAGACAGGUUGGUUCCCGUGAAGAUAUUGUCGAAGUUUCUGAGGCUCGUUUUUGGGAGUUGGUGCCUGGUCAUGUCGUUGGAUCCAUUUCGAUACAGGUGAAGCUGGGAAUGGAUAUUCAGCCGGUGCUCGAGUAUGUCCAUGGCCUGUAUCAUGAGAUCGGCAUUCAGGAUUUGACGGUGCAGAUUGAUUAUGCAUGACCUUAUUUUCAUUUUUCGUACGCUAAAAGUUUUGUUUUGUUUAUCAACUCUGCUCAGUAACAUUAGUUUCAGUGCUGAGCACCCGAUUGGCUGUGCCGGGUUAACAAAAACUCAGUUAACUCAGUUUUUUAGAUUUUGACCUGUUGUUNAUGU